AUGGCUGACAAAAAAUCUAAAAAACAGAAAGAUGAUGAUCAGAAGAAAAAUCUAGCGUGUGGUCCCGCAUAUAAUACACGUAGCAAGCAAAAAGCAAGACCGGCAUAUAUUAAUAUAAGGGUGGAUCUGGAUAUAAAUUAUGAUGCAUCACUCAAGGAAACCUACUAUAAUCAAAUUUACACAUCGUCCAACAAAGUAGGAGAAGGCACUUUUGGAAUAGUCUACAAGGCUACAAAUAAAUUUAGCAAUACAAAAUAUGCUAUAAAAAAGUUUAAAAGUACAACACCUUCCAACAUGAAAUAUGCUGAAAUUCGUAAUAAUGAAAAAGUUGGAAUCAACCAAAACUGCGUUAAAUUUUAUAUGGCAUGGGAAGAGUGUGAGGAGGUAUAUAUGAUGGUAGAGGUUUGCCAAAUGAGCCUUUUGGAUUAUGCUGAAAAAAAUAGUAUACAAGAACUUAUGUUAUGGGAUUGCUUAUUCGAUAUAUGCAAGGCCUUGCUCUAUCUGCAUAACAAAUCACUAAUACAUAAAAACGUGAAAGAUUCUAAUAUAAUGAUUUAUGGAACGCGCUUUAAGUUAUCAGAUUUUGGAACGUUAUUAGAUUUAAAUAGGCCAUAUGAAUGCACAGAAAUGCCACAAACUUCGAAGUUAACAAACGAAGAUGAAAUAUACAGAAAAAAUUUCCAAGCCAAAUCUUCACGGGACGUUGUUGAGUUAGGAAUAACAUUAUCGAGGUUGAUUUCUGGAGUUCACUGGAGAUCGCCUACUAUGACAGAGACAGCCCCUGACCUUUCUCCAAAAAGUGGCCAGGAUGAAGUAAAGGAGUUUUCUGCUUCACUGCUAACGAUCGUCAAGCGAAUGAUAGCCGUUGAUUAUUGUACCCCACCAACACCGGCGGACAUUUUAAAAUGUGAUGAUAUGAAAGAAACCACUAAAAGAUGGGAACAGAACUUAAGAACCAUAUACACUAUGGGGAAUGGAUGGAAGGAGACUAUAGAUAAAGAACUUUUGGCGUUAGAAAGCAACGGUACCUGGACUUUGGUAGAACCUAAAGCUGGUCAGUUAGUGAAAAGAGCUCGACUAGUGGCCAGAGGCUAUCAGCAGCCAGCAUUGGACAACGAAGACAUAUGUACCUGCUAG